AUGAACUCAUCUCCGUCCCAAAUAGCUCACCAAAGAGCCACAACCCAUCGUCGACCCGUCCAAAACGACCACCGCAAGCGUGGGCGACGAGAGGCUCAAGAAGCACGACACCGCACCCAAAUGGCGCGCAUAGAUUUGGUCCGAGAGAAGCAAGCUGAGCUUCAAGCUACUGGUGAUAUUCACCAGCGCGCGGCACGUGACGCCAAUUGGGAAAACGAUUUGGAUGCACUUCUCGAGGAAGAGCAGCAAAUCCUCGAAGAAAUGCAACAAUUGGAACUAGAAGCAUUGGAAUUGGACGAAACUCUGGCCGAUCCCUCGUUUCAACCCAGUUGGCAAACGUCAAAAUGCGAGCAAGCGGCCGACGGCGCGCGGGCUCAAAACCACACAGCGCCAAAUUCAAGUCAGAAUUACGACGACGACGAUGACUGGGACAUUGGCAACGAAACGAUCGAGUGUAUUCUCGCGGCGGAGGCGAAGCUGGCUCAACCACAUGAUUGGAAUUAG